AUGCCAGGUAUAAUGGAAGGCAUCCUCUUUUCUGUUGUAAUUGGUGAAUCAAUACUGGGUUUUUUAGGGAACGGAUUUAUUGGAAUUAUAAACUGUAUUGAAUGUGUCAAGAAUAAGAAACUCUCUAUGAUUGGCUUUAUUCUUAUUGGCUUAGCUAUUUCCAGAAUUUGUAUGAUAUUGGUAUUAAUUACAGAUGGAAUUAUACAGAUAUUUUCUCCAGAUUUGUAUUUGACAAGCAACCUAUUUGAAUACAUUGCUUAUUCUUGGGUAAUUAUCAGUCAGACAAACACCUGGUUUGCUACCAGCCUUAUCAUCUUGUAUUUCCUGAAGAUAGCAAAUUUUUCCCACUACAUAUUUCUCUGGUUGAAGAUGAGAAUCAAUUGGAUUUUUUCUCUUCUAAUGGGAUCCUUGCUUAUUUCAUUGUUAUUUUCCUUCCCACAAAUUGUGAAGAUUAUUAAUAAUCAUAAGAUAAAUAAUAGAAACACAACUUGUCAGGUCACCAUAGAAAAAAAUGAAUUCAUUAUUAAGCAGGUUUUGCUCCACUUUGGAAUCAUUAUACUCUUUCUAACCACUCUAAUUAUGUGUUUCUUGGUUGUCAUUUCCCUUUGGAAACACAAAAAGAAGAUGCAAUUGAAUGUUUUUGGACUCAGAGAUCCCAACACAGAGGCUCAUGUGAAAGCAAUGAAAGUUUUGAUAUCUUUCAUCAUUCUCUUUAUCUUGCACUUUAUAGGCAUUGCCAUUGAAAUUACAUUUUUCACUGUGCCAGAAAACAAAGUGCUGCUUAUUUUGGGUUUGGCAACCGCAGUCAUCUAUCCCUGGGGUCAUUCAUUUAUCCUGAUUUUAGCAAAUAGUAAGCUAAAACAAGCUUCUUUGAGAGUACUGCAUCAAUUAAAGUUCUGUGAGAAAUGA